AUAUAUAGAUAUAUAUAUAUGUUUAUGUGACUGCACAAUUAUUUUGCCGAAGAGCGGCACAUGUUAGUGGAGUGGAGCACAGAUUUAGAAAUAGAAAAACUAUAUAGGAACUAAAUCAACUGAAUAACUGAUUCACAAUUGGUAAUAUGUUGAGUCAAGUCGCGGGUGCUGCCAAUGACGGCGGCACCCCUUCGGAGGCUGCUGCAACUCCUCAAACCGUUGCAGAUCCAAAGGUAGUUGCGUCAACACCGCCAGCAGCAGCAGUAGCAGCAGCAGCCGAAAAAGCGAGCAGUCCCACUGGUAAUCGUAGAACUGGUGGCGGUGCAUCAGUAUCUAGAAGUUCGGACAACCGCGAAUUGCAGUUCUUCUUUGAGGACGAAAUAUUUCGAAUCGAUCACAAGGGCCGUGUUCGAUUUGGUGUCGUCACUGGGACGGCCGAGUGUUACUCCUCGGACGAUGAGGAGGAGGAGGUAACCGAGGUGCUCGGCAAGGGUGAGGUUCGUGUCGCCUUUUAUCCGGAUGCCAAGGAGGUUGUGAGGACAGAAAAAUCGAUUGGCCUUGUCGACCGCACCCUGAUGCCAGGCGAUGUGGUGCGACGUCGCCUUCCCGGCCAGAAGCACAUGUCCGGCCAGGCUGGCUAUGUGCGCGAUGUUAACGUCCGUGCCGAUGUCAAGGUGUUGGGCACCAAGCACGUUAUCCGAAAUGUGCCAUCGGAGCGCAUGAAACCGAUAUCCGAGUGGGCGUGUGAUGUGCCCGUAUGCCUGGGCAAUUGGAUUGGCUACACCAUCGGCGUGGAAGAGUCUGCCGUUCUAAAAUCGAAUCAUGGCACUCUUCUCGAAAUCACAUCAAAUGAUUAUCACAAGUUCAAGGAUGCUGGUGGCGUGGUUGACGGUGAUGUGUUCACUCCAAGUGUUUACUAUCCAAACAAUUUGGUUAUUGGUCGCUUGCCGCCUUUGAAUCGCGUCACCAAUCUAACACCGGACCUACCUUUGCCGACUAAUCGCAAGCGAUACUCUUUGUACACUGUGCAGUCUGUUAAGACUACUUCUAUAACCGUGGCUUGGACUUUCAAAGCGACACCGCAAUUCGACAGUGGCAGUGACUUGGAUCCGCUCAAGCAACCGAAGAGCUGUAUUAAGGGCGAUGAUUUGGCCAACGUUAAACGCCUGAACAUAUACGAAUCUUAUAUGCUGCAAAUUCACGAUCGAUUCUACCUCAAAUAUUCGCAAUGUGAUAAACUUAUAAAAUAUUCCGACUGGGAGCAGGAGCAGGCUAAACUAUUUAAAAUCAUCUACGAACGCCAAAAGAGCGAGGAGAACAAGAAGUGCGAGCAACCGAAGCAAAAUUUAAGUAGGGGUGGUAUUGAGACACCGUCGCCAUCGGGGCCAUCUAGCUCUCGAAAUGUUCAUAUGUAUAAGAUGCGGCGACACAGUGGUAAGUCCAGCAAUCAGCGUCUAAAUCGCUCGCUGGGCGAGAGCGAUGCAAGUAAUGUGACCGUUAAGGUGUGCGCCGCGAAAAACGCAAAUGAAUCCUGGGAGCCUGUGAACGACGACGCCGACGAGGAAACAUCACAGGAAGCUCAGGAAGCAGCUGGAGCGUCUGAAUUGGCUGUCUCUACAACAGAGAAAAAAGUUGUGAAGAGCCCCAUAAACUCUUUUGCUUCCCACUCACGUAAUUUUAAUCGCCGAUUGGGAAAGAAAAAGGGCAUUCCCUGCAAAAAAGGAGCGUUAUUACGAAAGCAAAGUAAUCCAAAAGAUGGCGAUACGAUGGUAGUAGAAACUUUGGUUGUUUAUAGCUCACUGACGGUUGUGUGGCAGGAUGGAUCUGUGGAGGCCGGUAUCCCAUCGACCGAACUCUAUCCGAUACACCAUUUGGACAAUCAUGAGUUCUUUCCUGGUGAUUUUGUGAGCAAGGCCAAUGAUUAUAGCCCAUCACAGAUGGAUUACGGAGUCAUACAGUCCGUGGAUCACGAUGAACGCAUUGCCAAAGUCAAGUGGUUCAACAUCUAUGGCAAUAUGAAUCAUCCCGUUCCUUCGUGCAAGGAAGUGGAGGAGCUCAGCGUAUACGAUUUGAAAGAUCAUGCAGACUACCAGUACCGACCGGGCACCCUGGUCAUUAGAGUGUCAAAUUUUACUGGAGAGGAUAUUCAUUCUACUGCUGGCCAAGUAAUUGAUAAUUUCCCCGAUGGGCGGGUUCGAGUUUGGUGGACGAAGGGCCACAUUACCAUGUGUUAUCCGCAAGACCUUUUUGAGAUCCAUCAGAGCGAUACACAGGAUCCAUACGAGUCGGAUGACUCAGAGAAUUCGUGGGAAACCCAGUCCGAAAACAGUCAAACAAUGGAUAAAAGCUUCAGCGUCGUAUCGAUGGAUGCCGAGCAGUACAUUAUUUUGGGCAUCGAUCGCGCCAAGGAAGCCAUUCAGCGUCUGGAAAAGGUGUUUUAUGUGCUGCCUGAACAGCGCAAGUUUGAUGUUCUUAAAGAUCUGCUGGCUGUGUACAACAAUUGCCAUUGCUUAGAUCGUUUCCUCAAUACGUCUUAUUUUCACGAAGAUUACUUUAACGGCAUUCUGCGCCGCAAAACUCCAACUGAAUCUGUUUCGUCCAGUGGACAACAAACUGCUGUGGAUGCUCCUCCAGCCGCUGUCGAGGUACACCUCCUCGUGGGCUCUUGCUCGCCAAUCGGUUGCACCGGACUUAAACUAGAGUUGCCAGUCAGCGGACAAAUCACAUCGACAUCAACGCCAAAUAAACGAAAGUCGUCAACGCAUGUUGACGAAGUACAGUGUAAAAAGUAUAGCAGCAGCGAAAGGAUAAACGUUGAUGAUCCAGCCGAGCAAGCCGCGCUCCUGGACAACGUCGUACUCUCCAAGAGCGAGACCGAACUAAGCUACAGCGAUCUGGUUAGCAAAUAUCGCAGUGAGUAUGCGGAUAUGAUCAGAGCGGCACGCGUUAGCAUUGCAAUGGCCUUCGAUAAGUGCAAGAAUACUAAGAACGACUCUGGUGUUCAUUCACGGGGCGAAAAUAGCUCCGACGACUUCAAGGACACUGACAGUAAUUUUAUAAAAUUCUCGGUCACCGAUGUUGAGUUAGUGCCGAAUCUUGAUGGGGAUGUCUGCGAAGUUUUCUGUUUCCUUCUGAAAGAGCGCAUGGAAAAAUGUCGAGAGGGAAUUAUGGAGACAUUUGCCAAGAACAAAAUUGAUGGCAAAGAUGUGGAUGAGGAACAUAUUAGCGAUGUGGAUGUAAAUGUGAAUGCAUUUGAGGAUAAAGAUAUAUCAGAUCAGGAUAUGCCGCCCGCAUAUAACAAAGAUCCGGAUCCGGUUAUGGACGAAAGCUUGAAUCUCAAUGCACUUUCUGAAUCACUGCCACCGCUGGAAAAUCCAACGGCUUGCUUAUCACCUCCAGUGAAUAAAGUUAACACAGAGAGCAAUAGCUGCUUUGAGGUGGUACCCAAUGCAACAAAGUCUCAUCAUUUCAUUGGAAACAUUAUACAUCCAAACAACAAGGCGCAAUAUCAGCGCGCAAUUCAACGCGAAUAUACUAUGCUGUAUGCAUCUCUGCCUCCCGGCGUUACUGUGCGUGCCUAUGAGGAUCGCAUGGACCUCAUAUCCGUCAUGAUGGUCGGUCCCAAGCGUACGCCAUACGAAAACGCCCUAUUUUUCUUUGACUUUCAAAUGGGUAGCGAUUAUCCAAAGAGUCCGCCCAAAUGUCAUUACAUUAGCUAUUGUACAGAGCGUCUCAAUCCGAAUCUGUAUGAGGAGGGCAAAGUAUGUGUUUCGCUGCUGGGCACUUGGACAGGACGGGAUACUGAGGUGUGGUCGCCACAUAGUACAAUGCUGCAGGUGUUGGUCUCUAUACAGGGACUCAUACUGGUCGAUGAGCCCUACUUCAAUGAGGCCGGAUAUGAGAAGCAACGCGGCACUCAGCUGGGCAACGAGAACUCGCGCGUCUAUAACGAAAUGGCAAUUAUAAAAAUGGCCCAUUCAACUGUAAAGCAGCUACAGAAUCCCCCACAAAUCUUUCGUAAGGAAUUAAUUGAGCACUUUAAGGAAUUUGGUGGCGAAUUACUUGGGCGCAUGCAGGCUUGGUCCGAAUACUCUGCCCAUGCUCAAAGUCUAAAAAUAACUAGCAUUAACGACAUGCCGAAGGACUAUAAGACACCAUGUGAGAUGCCAGAGUUUCCACUUUUGCCCUGCAGUCGCGGCUUUUGCAUUGCUGUCAAGGGUGUUUUGGCGACGUUGCAGAACGAGCUAAGUGCCCUCGAGAGGAAAGACGAAAAUAAUCUAGAUACUGUUGUUCCCGUUCCGGUUGUGGCCACAGCACCGCGUGCUGCACCUGAGGAUGUAUGAUUGAUACGAAUGAUUGCAUUGCUCAAUGUUUGUCAGCUUUGCCUUUGAUGUGGUGCCUAUUAUAAAACACAAGACUAUCGCCGCCUGCUCUUGGGAUUGAUUCACUAACAGGGUCAAUUUAUAUUAUGUAUUUAAGUAAUCACAGCUCGAAUAUUUGCUACCAUAAUUACUAGGCUUAUCGACCGACUAACAAACUUAAAAAUCAAUCAACCAAAAAAAAAAAAAGAAUAUGUUUUCCCAAAAUUUGCCGCAUACAUUUGUAUCAUAUUUUUAUUUACUUAGUCCCAAUUUUGUUUUAUGUUAACUCUAGCUCAUGUUUAUACUACAAAAAAAAUGUUGUCCAUCAAAUGUGUCGUGUGUCUGAAUUAAUUAAUCAAAUUGCCAGCGUUAUUAUUUGUUUUGUGAAUAAUCACAUUUUUCGUGAGCUGGGCACAUGUAUAUGUACAUUUUUGUAAAUUGGCGAGAGGCCUACGAAGAUAUUUGCUCGCACGAACUUAUUUAGUUUUAUUGUAUUUAUUAUAAUGCGCUAGUCUAAUGGCGAUGAGCCACAUUCAGCUGGGAGCCUUUGCAUUCCACACAUAAACACACUAAUGUUAUGUAGUAAAUUGAGACAAUUGGUCACAAUGCUUCUUUCUCUCGAUAAACUAGAAAAUGCAAGUUAUAAUAAAUUAUCAAUUUUAUUUAUCAAAGUUA